AUGCCGGACCGCGUCGUCGACGGCGAAGUGACGGGCAUCUACAAUCGAGGUGGAUGUUGGCUGUUCGCCAACACGCCCACCUGCGUGACGCCGUGGCGAUACGAGCGCGCCGCUGCGAGUAUCAACUGCCACUUCCUCAACAUCAAGUGCCUGUGCGACCGCGAGGACGACUUCGGUAGGGCCCUGGGCGGCAACAUGGUCUGGGACGGCGAGUGUGGCGUCGCGGGUCAUCUGACCUCCCUCAGCCGCCUCCGCGAAGUCUGCGCCGCCGUGCGCAAGGAGCGCGCCGCCGACGCCGACGCCGAGAAGAAGGCCAAGGAGGAGGAGAGGGCCGAGGACAGACGCGCCCAGGCGAAGAUGUCCAAGUUGGAGUACGAGGCCGCUGCUCACCGCCUCAGGAAGAACCAGGAGGAAGCUGCUGCUGCGGCGAGGAAACUCAGGGGUGUGCAGGGGGCUACUGCUGCGAUGCAGGCUACGCGGCCGACUAUGGCGACUCAGGCGACGGCCAAGACGACGGCGAAGGGGGGAGCGAAGGCGAAAGCGCAAGCGAAGGCGGGGGGCCGGGAGCUCUAG